UGCGCUGGGUCUGCAUAAACUACAUACUACUACUAGGGAAAGGAUAACUGAUUAAUGGAAGCCUUUAUCCAUCUGUUUCUCUACUCUUUCUUAUUCUCCCUCUUCAGAACCUCUAUAACACUAGAUACUACUAUUACUCCUAGUCAAUCUCUCAGAGAUGGUGGCACUUUACUUUCAGCUGGCGGAUCAUUUCAAUUGGGAUUCUUUAGCCCAGGUAAUUCCAAAAGUCGAUAUGUGGGAAUAUGGUACACAAAAUCUUCGGAGACAGUUGUUUGGGUCGCCAACAGAGAUGCUCCGCUUUACGAUCACUCAGGAGUUCUAAAGGUCACCGAUGAUGGAGUUCUUGUGCUUCUUAAUAGCACGAAUGGUACUGUUUGGUCAUCAUCUAAUACAUCAAAAACCGAAGAAAAUCCAGUUGCACAGCUCUUGGACAGCGGGAAUCUUGUUGUCAAAGACGUGAAAUUUGAUGAACCGGAGAACUUUAUGUGGCAGAGUUUUGAUUACCCUUGUGAUACAUUCCUACCGGAAAUGAAGCUUGGAUGGAACUUAGUAACUGGUCUAGAAAGGUUUUUAUCAUCUUGGAAGAGCGCGGAUGAUCCUGCUCAAGGUGCGUUUUCAUUACGGUUAGAUCUUCAUGGGUAUCCACAGUUUGUUGCUAUGGAGGGAUCUCAAAUAAAGACUAGAGCAGGGUCAUGGAAUGGCAUUCAUCUUACAGGUCGUGGGUUAAAAUCAGUCGAUCUACAAUUGGAGUAUGAAUUCGUGUGGAAUGAGAAGGAGGUCUAUUACGGGUACAAAAUCCUAAGGAGUUCCGUUGUCUAUAGAUAUGUGUUAAACCCAUUAGGCAUUGCACAACGAUUCAGAUGGAUGGAUCGGACACAGAAAUGGGAGCUUUUCUCUACAUUCCAGGCAGAUCAGUGCGAUAAUUAUGCCUUAUGCGGCGCAUAUGCUACCUGCAAUAUCAAUCACUCUCCUGUAUGUGCAUGUUUGGAAGGCUUCUUACCCAAGUCUCCAAAAGAUUGGGAUUCAACAGAUUGGUCUGAUGGGUGUGUUCGAAGGACUCCUUUGGAAUGCAAUAACGAAGAUCGCUUCCUGAAGCGCACAGGGCUGAAAUUGCCUGACACAUCUUCUUCUUGGUUUAACAAGACCCUGACCCCCAAGGAAUGCGAAGAAUUGUGUUUGAAGAACUGCUCCUGCACAGCAUAUUCAAGUUUAGAUGUCAAGGGGGGAGGAAGCGGUUGCUUGCUUUGGUUUGGUAGCCUUGUUGACAUUAGAGAAUUCACCGAGGGAGGGCAAGAUCUCUAUAUAAGGAUGGCUGCUUCAGAAUUGGAUCAUCUUGAGAAAAAGAGGCACUCGAGCAAGAAGAAACUAAUAGCAUUUAUAGUCGGGUCAGCAUUUCUAGUUGUGGGAAUGACAAUAGUUGCACUGGUCUCAUUCAUAUGGAAGAAGAAACUCAGAAACCAAGAAAUGACGAAAAGAAAUCAAAGGAAGGAUUGUGACAAUGGAGGUGGGAACAAUGAUAUGGAGUUACCGAUAUUUGAUCUGGCGGCCAUAGCUAAUGCCACAAAUAAUUUUUCAAACAACAACAAGCUAGGAGAAGGUGGCUUUGGCCCUGUGUACAAGGGUAUAUUGUCAGACGGAAGAUAUAUAGCUGUGAAGAGGCUUUCAAAGAAUUCUGGACAAGGACUGAAUGAGUUCAAAAAUGAAGUUAUCUUGAUUGCAAAACUUCAACACCGUAAUCUUGUUAAGAUUCUCGGUUAUUGCAUUCAAGAAAAUGAAAACAUGUUAAUCUAUGAAUACAUGCCCAACAAAAGCUUGGACUCCUUUAUUUUUGAUCAAACAAAGAGUAAAUUACUAGAUUGGUAUAAGCGCAUCAACAUUAUUCAUGGUGUUGCUAGAGGGCUUCUCUAUCUUCAUGAAGACUCUAGACUGAGAAUUAUCCAUAGAGAUCUCAAAGCUAGCAAUAUCCUUCUAGAUAACAAUAUGAAUCCAAAAAUUUCGGACUUUGGCCUGGCUAGAUCAUUUGGGGGAGAUCAAAUUGAUUCCAAGACCAAUAGGAUUAUUGGAACACAUGGUUAUAUGUCUCCUGAGUAUGCGGUGCAUGGACGGUACUCGAUAAAAUCUGAUGUAUUUAGCUUCGGAGUUUUAGUAUUAGAGACAAUGAGUGGGAAGAAAAAUAGGGAGUUUUGUCACCCAAGCCACGACCUUAAUCUUCUUGGACAUGCAUGGAAACUGUGGAUUGAAGACAGGCCAAUGGAGUUGAUUGAUGAAUUGGAAAGUGACUUGUGCACUCUAUGUAAUGUACUACGACACAUUCAUGUGGGUCUGUUAUGUGUGCAACAAAAACCAGAAGAUAGACCAAACAUGUCAUCUGUGAUUCAAAUGUUGACCAAUGAGAGUUUAUUGCCUAGACCAAGACAGCCGGGUUUCUUUACCAAUCCACUUGAAGCAGUUCCUUCAUCUAGCAAGCAUGCAACUUGUUCAGUAAACAGAAUCACCAUUACAUUGUUGGAAGCACGGUAAAUAUCAUCAAAUUGAAAGCAAAAACAGUGAGUUCUUGUUUUUAAUGAAUUUCUAUAAUUAAUAAUAGUUUCAGUUUAUUUAGAUGAACAAAAAAGGUCUAGAAGCUGCCACUCUUUAGGACAAAAGGGUCAAAAAUAUAAAUAGAUUUGGCUUAGUGCAAGGCUGCCCCUACUGUGUUCAUGUUGUUUAUUCAUCUAGUAGAUUAGUCUUUACACAAAAGACUAUAUCAUGCGUUUCAGAUUGUGUGUUCUUCUUUGAAUAAUUUUAGAAUCAAUUCCUUUUACCAUGUAUAUAUAUACUAUAAAUUUAAAUCUAAUUUGUCACCAGAAAUGCAGUUAAAAGGUUGCAAUUGAAAGUUUUGAUUUAGCAGAUGCCAAAAACAGAAAUCUAUUGGCCUUCUUUUACUGACUAAUGCCGUGUCUUCUACAUAUCUAUGUAACUUUGUAACUCUUCUAUAUUAUGCAUAUAAUGUAUAAUGAGCCCGUCAGUAGUUGGGUUUAGGGCCAACUGUAAUGAUCAGAGAGUUAAAAUGUUCUAUCUAUUCACUAUAAACAAAUAACUGUGAAGAGCCUUUUUGGCAAAUUGCACAAUGGUGGAGAGUGUGAUGGCAGAUGUUUUUGGACAUCUACAUCUCACUUCCUUGAUUCUGUGAUAAAACAGAGUUUUAAAAUAUCACAAGUAGGUUUUCUAGCUAAACUUUGGCGGGUUCACUAGAAAUUUUCUAACACAUGAAUUGAUCGCAACACAUUACUGAUAUAUCAUUCAGUUCCAAUGCUCACCGCUGCCAUAUGGUGUACUAAGUUAUAAACAAAAGUAGGGAGUGAGGACUAAAAUUUAUGAGCAGAAUAAUAUUAUUUUUGUGCCUGAAUUUGGUUCCAUCCAUAUAAUUGGAUAGUCUCAAUAUAUCCGAGGACUGCAUGUAUAUCUCUAAGGAUAUUGAAGGAAUACAUGUUUUUAAGAAUAUUGAAUUGUUAACCCAUCCAUGGAUGAAUUCUGCCAUUCAAUGUGUAACCAAGUGGUCCUGACUGAUAUGCUCUUCUCCCAUCCUCCUUAUUGGACUCUUCUUACCUGAUGUCAUGUGCAAAGCA